GGUUUGGUCCUCCACGGCGUGGGCUUUAUUUAGACCAACUGCAAGAACUCGCCUCCAUCCCUCUUCUUGUCCGGAAUGACCGAUCCCGGUAGCUCCUCCGGCGCACCUCCUCCCUCCUCUCCCGGUGCGCCUUCGAUGCCAGUUCAAUGUUCAUCCUGCAUUGUUUGCGGUGGCACCGCGGCCUCCGGGUUAGGCCCUCCGCUGUGCUCCAACUGCCGCCUUCCCCCGACCCCGGCCAUCGACGCCCCCAUGGCUACGCCUUCUGUUUCUCGCAUUCCCGUCCCCCAACCUCUUCCCGUUCCCCUUGCCGAGCCACCGUAUCAUUUCCAUGUCCCGUGGAGGCGCAUUUCCUCCCCUAACGACAUCCGCCGCUUUGACGCCUCCACCUCUGGCCGUCACUUCCUCGGCUUCAUCGCAGCCCUUUCCCACUCGGUCUGCGGCCGCAAACUCUCCGACCCUGUUCCUUCCCCACUUUCCGACACUGUCAUCGGCCUCCUCUCUCUUCUCCAAACCCUCACCCGCUGGAUCGAUGAGUUCCCCCCUCUCGCCCACGCCUUACGCAUCUGCAAUCCAGCCUACCGCUUUUGGCACGCACGCCUCACUGACAAGGGCUAUGACCUCGUUCUUGCUCUCUUAGCCCAGUACGACGAGCUCCGUCCCGCCGCAGACGAACUCCUUCCGUACCUUCUUGACUCUUUCGGAAACGUCUACCGCAUCGACUACGGAAAUGCCCAUGAGAACAACUUCGCCGCCUUCCUCUACUGCCUCGCCCGCCUCGGGCUCAUCAAAGAAGAGGACUAUCCCGCUCUCGUCCUCGGUGUCUUCUCUACCUACCUUGAUCUUAUGCGUAGACUGCAGAUCAUCUACAACCUCAAACCGGAUGGAGGGCACGGAGGGUGGGCGCUCGAUGACUACCACUUCCUCCCUUUUAUAUUUGGAUCGGCUCAGCUGAUUGAUCACAAGUACAUGAAGCCGAAUUCGAUUCAUAACGACGACAUUCUUGACUAUUUCUCUACUGAUUACAUGUACUUGGCGUGCGUGGCGUUUGUGAAGAAGGUGAAGAAAGGGGUCUUUGCAGAGCAUUCUUUCAUGCUUGAUGGUAUCAGUGGCGCUGCGUCAUGGAAGAAGGUGAACAUUGGGAUGUUGAGGUUGUACAAGGGCGAAGUACUCGAGCAAGUAUCCAUCAUGAAGCAUUUCCUCUUUGGAUCCCUCAUAAGAUGGGAGUGAGGUUCGAGCUCCGUCCUGUAGGCUCUUACCUUCAAAAUGCUCUGGAGGUUUUCGUAGCAUUUAAUGAACUCAAUUUGUGUGUUUGCUAUGUUUUUUCUAAAAAUCUGGUUGCUGUGAAACGUCAAAGGAGGUGACUAGUAGUCUAGUCAUAUUGUUUUUCAACUUGUAUAAUACCUUGUUUUCUAACAUCUUCUAUGUCCAUCAUAUCCGAAUGUAGAAUAUCCAUCUGGACUGUAUUUCCCUUUUUCCCCAACAUCUUCUAUGGCGUGUUAUCAUAUCCGCAUGUAGAGGAGCUCUCAUCUUUCUUCUAUCCUUUCAGCCUUAUUAAACAACAACACUGUAAAUAUUUUGUGGUUU